GAACUGCGCUUAGCUGUCACUUUGUUGUAAGUAAAAUUGUUGCAAUUUAAAUACAUACAUAUAAAUGUCGUUUGUAAAGUUAUAUUUUGUUGUGAAUUUAUUUAAUAUUAAUAUUUAAUAAUAGUAAUUAUAACUUAGUUAUUAGCAUCAUUGUAAUCAUGUCUUACGUUAUAUAAGUUUAUAUAAGUUACAAACAAUUCUAACACACACACACACACACACACACACACACACACACACACACACACACACAUUUUAUUAUUUCCUUUGAAAUAUCAUAAUGUUUAUUGCAGAUAUUUAUCUCAGUGAUAGCGCUAAAUUAAAACAUGCAGAAUUUAGAAUAGACAAGUCAACUGUUCACAAAAUAGUAAAUGAGACUUGUCAAGAGAUUUGGAUAGCGCUACAACCAAUUGUUUUGAAACCUCCUACUAAAGAAGAUUGGAAAUCCUUCAGCGAGGAAUUUAUGAGAAAGUGGCAAUUUCCAAAUUGUCUGGGAGCAAUAGAUGGACGUCAUAUAAGAAUUCAGGCACCACUCAAUUCUGGAUCGACAUUCUACAACCAUAAACAAUUUUUCAGCAUGAUACUGCUUGCCAUCUGCGAUGCAUCAUAUGAGUUUACUUGGGUUGACAUCGGGCAAUAUGGUUCUAUAAGUGAUGGUGGAGUGUGGGUUAACACUGACUUUGCAAAUGAUAUCGCUGCAGGCAAUUUACCCUUGCCAGAUCCCACACCACUUCCAAAAAUAAAUAUUCUUUUUUUUUGUGUUUAUUGGUAACAAAGCUUUCCCACUUUUAACAUAUAUGAUGCGGCUCUAUCCUCGUAAAAAUCUUAUUGAUGACAUGAAGAUUUUUAAUUAUUGCUUAUCACGUGCACGGCGUACGAUAGAGGACGCCUUUGGAAUUUUGACUCCACGAUGGCGUAUCUUGCACAAACUUCUUUGUUUGUCAACAACCAACUGUAAAAAUGUGUUGAAGACUCUCAUCUGUCUAUAUAAUUUUAUUAUGUAUGGAGAAGAACAAGAGAAUAUGAACAAUCGUCAAUAUGGUACAACAGAUUUAAUUGAUACCGAGGAGCGUGAUAGCACCAUUAGAGAAGGACAGUGGAGACUGCAUUUUUCCCCACAAUUUGCUGAACUCGGUCGAUUAGGUGCUAACCGUGCAGAUUAUGUAGCGAAAGAAAUGAGAAAUAUCUUUAAAGGAUACUUUGUUUCUCCAGUUGGUGUAGCUCAAGCUCCAUGGCAAUACGAAUACACGUUCAGAUGGGUUAUUAUUAAUCCUUUUGUAAUAUAAUUUU